CGCACACACAGCUAGCAAUGCCGCCGAUCAAUGUCCUGCAGCAGGCCGACAAUGGCGCGGAUCCCAAGUUGAACAUGCCGCUGCGUGAGGACGUCUUCACCACGUUCCUGCAGUCCUCCGGCAGCGCCGACACCAUGUUCGCGGAGGGGUCCCUGUUCAGCCCCUUCCUGUUCGGCAAGUUCUUCGACCCGGUCGACGCGUUCCCGCUGUGGGAGUUCGAGUCCGAUGUGCUGCUCGCAGCGCUCCGCCCCGGCGGCAGGACCACCGUCGACUGGGCCGAGACGGACUGCGAGUACUACCUUAGAGCCGACAUACCAGGUGGAAAGAAAUGCGACGUGGAGGUGAGCGGCGAUGGCGCGCGGGUGGUGAAUGUGAGCGGGCUGUGGUGCGCGCCACCGGUGGACGGCCAGGACUGGCGUGCCGGCACGUGGUGGGAGCACGGCUUCGUGCGGCGCCUGGAGAUGCCGGAGGACGCCGAUGGGAGCAAGGUGGAGGCCUGUUUCGACGAUUGCCAUGGGUCGCUGGAGAUCAAGGUCCCCAAGAAGAAGAGCGACGGGCAGGAAGCCACCGCCUGAGAAACAGAACAUAUGGAGUAAUUCAAGAUUCUCAGCAAAUGAAUUGGAUUAAUCCGAGAAUGAAAUUUGCCGUGGAAAAGAAGACGUAAUCUUGUACUAACAAAAUUGGCAAUGAUAUGAUGGGAGAAUAAAAGCAGGCAGUAAAUUGGUUACCUAUC